GGGAAGGGGUUUGGGAAAUCGACGCUGAGACGCAACAGCUUUUUAAGACUGGCUUAUUUUUUGCAGUGCGGCCAGUGCUGAAGUCAUUCUCCGUCUCAUACAGCAGCAACCGGGGACAGGGGAGCAUCGGCAGAGAGAGGGAAGCGAAGAGAGAGAAAGGUGCCUCCUUCUCGCCAUUGCGAUAAUUGUCUCGCUGUUGAAUCGAUGUCGGUGCAAACGCGGCUCUAACGGGAGGCGGCGACGGGAGCGACGGAGAAGCCGGGGAUUUAACUUCACACACGGACAAAACAUAUGCUUGGAUUUCGGUUCUCUUCCCCUUCGCCAAUGCAAAAGGAAAUAUGCAGCGAAGCCUCACCAUCCUCUACACCAGUUUACUGGGGAUGUGCUUGGGUUCAAGCUCAAGUUUUCCAAGUAACAUCAAUAUAGGAGGAUUGUUCCCAACCGAAUCGCACGAAUAUGAGGUUUUUCGGUUCGCGCUCUCACACCACCAGGACAUCCCCAAACUGGUGCCGCAGGUGGAUAUGGUCAAAAUGGGGAACAGCUUCUCCAUGACAUAUGCCUUUUGCUCCCAGUUCUCCAAAGGCGUGUACGCCAUCAUCGGCCUGUACGACCGGAAGACGGUGAACAUGCUCAUGUCCUUCUGCGGGGCGCUGCACGUGUGCUUCGUCACGCCGUCCUUCCCCAUCGAGACGGCCAACCAGUUCGUCAUCCAGCUGAGGCCCGAGCUCCAGGACGCUCUGGUGGGGGUCAUCGACCACUACGGAUGGACCAAGUUUGUCUACAUGUACAGUUCUGACUCAGGCCUGUCAGUGCUGCAGAAGGUUCUGGACACGGCCGCUGAGAGGAACUGGCAGGUGACCUCGGUCAACGUGGAGACCAUGACAGAGGCCUCCUUCCUGAAGGUGUUCCAGGAUUUGGACAAGAGGAAGGAGGGCCAGAUCAUCAUCGACUGUGAGACUGAGAGGCUCACUGGCAUUCUCAAGAAGAUUGUCGAACAAGGAAAGAAUGCGAAGAGCUACCACUACAUCCUGGCUAACCUGGGUUUCCUUGAUAUCGACCUGACAGACCUGAGGAAAGGUGGGGCGAACAUCACCGGAUUCCAGCUCGUCAACAACUCGGAGCCGAGCGUGAGCCGCGUCGUCCAGCAGUGGAUGGAAUUUGACAACAAGGACUCCAAAAUGCCCAAGACCGGACUCAAAUACACAGGAGCUCUAACAUAUGACGGAGUAAAAGUCAUGUCCACGGCCUUCCAGAACCUAAGGAGACAGAGGAUAGACAUUUCUCGCAGGGGCAACGCUGGAGAGUGUCUUGCCAACCCACCAGCCCCUUGGGGACAGGGCAUAGACAUCCAGAGAGCGCUGCAGCAGGUCCGCAUAGAUGGAUUGACCGGUCACAUUCAGUUCAACGAGAAAGGCCGCAGAACCAACUACACUGUUAGCGUCAUGGAACUGGCCCCCUCUGGACCCAAGAAGGUCGGCUACUGGAAUGAAGACGAGAAGUACGUGACCACAGCUAGCUUUGUGAGAGGCAGCAACGACACCAACGGACUGCAGAACAGAACGUACAUAGUCACCACUAUCUUGGAGUCUCCAUACGUGAUGCUGAAGAAGAACCACGAGCAGCUGGUGGGGAACGAUAAGUACGAGGGCUACAUCGUCGAGCUGGCUGCGGAGAUAGCCAAGCACGUGGGCUACCAGUACAAGCUGAAGAUCGUCUCGGAUGGCAAGUACGGAGCCAGAGACCCCGACACCAAGAUGUGGAACGGCAUGGUUGGAGAACUGGUGUAUGGGAAAGCCGACGUGGCCGUGGCUCCGCUCACCAUCACCCUGGUUCGCGAAGAAGUCAUCGACUUCUCAAAGCCCUUCAUGUCCCUGGGGAUCUCCAUCAUGAUCAAGAAGCCCACCAAAUCCAAACCUGGCGUCUUUUCGUUCCUGGACCCGCUGGCUUACGAGAUCUGGAUGUGCAUCGUGUUCGCCUACAUCGGCGUCAGCGUCGUCCUCUUCCUCGUCAGCCGGUUCAGCCCGUACGAGUGGCACGCCGAGGACUACGAGGAGGGGGCCGAGCCGCAGUCUCCCACCCAAACGUCGGCCACCAACGGGGUGCAGCAGGGCCAGACGCCGACGCAGCAGAACCCCAACCAGCAGAGUCCGGAGCAGACCAACGAGUUCGGCAUCUUCAAUUCCCUGUGGUUUUCGCUCGGCGCCUUCAUGCAGCAGGGCUGUGAUAUAUCACCACGCUCUCUGUCAGGUCGCAUCGUUGGAGGCGUUUGGUGGUUCUUCACCCUCAUCAUCAUCUCCUCCUAUACUGCCAACUUGGCUGCCUUCCUGACCGUGGAGAGGAUGGUGUCUCCUAUAGAGAGCGCCGAGGAUCUGGCUAAGCAGACGGAGAUCGCCUAUGGAACGCUGGAUGCCGGCUCCACCAAAGAGUUCUUCAGGAGGUCGAAGAUUGCUGUGUUUGAGAAGAUGUGGUCCUACAUGAAGGCGGCCGACCCGUCCGUGUUUGUCAAAACGACGGACGAGGGCGUAAUCAGAGUCAGGAAGUCUAAGGGCAAGUAUGCCUACCUGCUGGAGUCCACUAUGAACGAGUACAUAGAGCAGAGGAAGCCCUGCGACACUAUGAAGGUGGGAGGCAACCUGGACUCUAAAGGUUAUGGAAUCGCCACGCCCAAGGGCUCCCACCUCAGAAACCCAGUAAACCUGGCAGUGUUAAAACUGAACGAGCAGGGACUCUUGGACAAAUUGAAAAACAAGUGGUGGUACGACAAGGGAGAGUGCGGCAGCGGGGGCGGGGACUCCAAGGACAAGACGAGCGCCCUGAGCCUCAGCAACGUGGCGGGAGUCUUCUACAUCCUGAUCGGGGGCCUGGGCCUGGCCAUGCUGGUGGCGCUGGUGGAGUUCUGCUACAAGUCGCGGACCGAGUCGCGCCGAAUGAAGCAAUCCAUCAACGACGCCAUGCGCUGCUCCACCCUGUCCCGGAUGAGCGGCAACGGAGCGGCGGAGAGAACGGACGAAUCCUCACCCACGAUCCCCAAGACCGUUCAGACGCUGCCCUGCAUGAGCCACACCGCCAGCAUGGGACUGGGUGCCUCUGGCUGUGACCCUCACGUUACCGUGCUGGCGGCGCGCCACAGGCAGGGUGGGGCAGAAGACGAAGAGCACAAGACUCUGGUAACCUCAAAAAUCAUGGCCGUCCGGUUUUGACCCAAUCCAUUCUCCCCGGCUGUCAAACGCGCCCGACUCGAACAAGACUCGACCUACUGCCAAAAUGCACUCUGAAACCGCUCCUCGCAAAACUUUGGACAAUUUUUUUCUAAUCAGUGGAUGUUUGAAAAAGAGAUAACCGAGAAAAAAAAAAGAAAGAAAAGAGAAAAAAAAGGAAAAAAACUGAAGGGAAAUGUGCUGCAAUAAAGAAGCCGUCGAAAGGGGCGCGUUUUUGAAUUUUUUACGGUGUUCGUUUGUGUGGAGAAAAAAAAAAAAAAGAGAACUUUAUUCUUCAGUGUGACGCCUGCGCUGUGCCAUUUCGAUGGAGCUGUUGACGUUAGUCCGCGUGUGCAAUACCUUCACCUCCACUGCUGACCUUGUACUACCUAGAUGCUUUCUGACGGCCGACGGAACGUGGCUUUGCACAGACGAGGCAGAGGAGGACAAACAACUUGUGACUGCUCCGACGAUCCCAUAUCGUUUUCCCCCGGACGUUCCCGCUCUCUUUCACUCUCACAUUUACGCUCCAUUCUGGAAAGACGACGUGCUCUGUGUAGCAUAGACAGUUUUUAUGAAAAAGUACGCGGUUUUACACUGUUGUGAUGGCGCGGAGCGCUUGGUCGGAAGUGGUCUGAUUUGAUUUAUCCUUGACUGGGUUAGGUUAAUGCUGUUUACGUCAGCAGUCUAACGCCUAACUGCAGAAAAAAAAAAGAAAAAAAAACGACAACAAUGCAUUGCUGCUACACCUCAUUUAACACAUCAUGCCUUGUCUAUGUGCCAUAUGACCAAUCUCACAAAUGCACGCAGAUACACUGCACACUUUCUGUCAGUGGGCCAUUUCUUUGGCCAACCUUGACCUGUAUGAGAAAGAGAACAAGAGUAAACACACAUUAUUUUGAGACUACUGAGUGACCUUACACUGUAUUCUACCCAGCCAGUCUAUUCGCAGCCCAGAACAAAGAAAUCGACAAAUUUAGAUACAAUCUGGAGAAAAUAUCCCUCAAACUAUUGUUUGAGUCAGCGCUGCAUGAUUCACUCGCUCCUGUGCUGUAUUUUCAGCCGUAUUUGAUUUUAAUGAAACGGGCAGUGCAGCUAUUCACUCUCAAUUUAUUGAGAGUGGCAUAUCCCCUGCAGAUUGCGCGCGGCCUAUAAAAGGAAAGUUGGCCUCCUCUCGCCGCUGCUAGGAAGGAGGCGGAACCGAAACGCUAGGUGUGACUGGCAGAUUUACAGUCACUAUUAUCUGCGCUCAUUGGGAGUCAAGGUUACGGCGGCCGCCGCCGUGCCGGUUUUCAGCUUCGGAGUUCUUGCUUUCAGAUCACGUCAAGUGAACGGGAAUCUGAGUGGCAGGCCCUGGACAGUAGAGGGCAGAGAUGACAGAGGCCAGACAGCUAGGGUUUGACAUGUAGGCCCUAAAGUGAAAUUCCACUUCAAAACAUUUAAUACUUUCAACAUAAAAUCACUGUUGCGGAUGUGCUUUGCAUUUCUCUGCCCGUUUUGACUGAGCGACCGGCAGCGGAGAAACAAAACCUUGGCUGCUUUUGUUAUUUCGUGUCGUGUUUUAAUAGGUCACAAAAAGAAAAAAAUACCUGCUGUUGUUUCUUUUUCUUAUUGUUUAAAAUUCCGGUGGGUUUGGAGGAUGAUUCUGGUACUUUUAAAGACAAAAAUGUUGCGAGAACACUGUAACUGGCAGCUGCAAAAUGGUUGUGUGGUAAUCAAAUGGGGCAUUUGUCCACCGUUUAAGUGUUUUAUUCCACUGACUUACAGUACACCCGCCAACACUAUAGAAAGGGUUCCUAUAAAGACUGGGUUUAAACGUUGUAAAGUACAAAAAGUGGAGCUUACUGUUAGAAGAUGUUUUCAAGAAACUAAAACAAACCGAGGUUUGUCUUUUCCCAUUUCCGAACUGCUGAAAGUGAUGACGCUCCACACCUCGUAAAGCUUUCAGACUACCUUUGGGAGACAGGGACAUUCAGAAGUUAUAGCCGUCUGUGCUACAAAUGAAGGGCAUCAGUCUUUGACCAUUCACCGGGCAUUGCAGGCUGCAGUAUAGGAAAAUAAAUAUAUCACCAAAGCACUUUUUGUUAAAGAAUAAUGCCGUUCUAAGAGUGGAGGAGACUUUUGCAGGCAACUUUUGGCAUCAAUACUCACGAAAGGCCAACUGAGUCAAUCAGUUACAAAAACAAGCACCUAAAGUGGACAAAUACUCCUUUGGGUACUCUGCAGUGCAGCUAUUCUCGCUCCGAAGCGAGCCUAUGUUCUCUAACUGCGAUGCGAAUUGAUGCUUUUUGCUCCUGUCCGCACUCUUUUCAUUCGUUUUCGUGUGGGCGAGACAAACUUGCUGUCACAUAUUACUGGAAAGCAAUAAGUCAAAUAAUCAAGAUGCGACGACAGUUUGUGAUGACAGUUCAGAUGGUGACAUAGGGCCGAAUAUUUCAUGUUUGAAGACAUGCACAUUCACGAGCUCACAAACAUGUCUUUAAUAUAAAUGUUUUUACGUGCUGAGUGCAGCCAGACGGUGUGGGAUUCAGCCAGCAUGAUCGGCGUCCAUGUUCAUGGUACUGAAGCCAGUGCAACAAUGUGUUUGAUAGUUAUCCGAAAGCUUUGAGUUGAUACCGAGAUCGGUUCAUCGUUGGCUUUAGUCCUUUUGCGGCAUUUGUCGACGAUGACAAAAACAUAGACUGUCGCCAGCUUAGUUUUAGGAGAGCAAGUAUCGUCAAAGCAGGAGAGAAAACUAACCAUUUUUCCCAAGGCUUCACCGCCAGAAGCUAUGUAAAAGGGUACAUUAUGUGCCUUCUGCCAGCAGGAACAUCUUUUCCUUAUACUGAUCUUUCAAUCUCUCCCUCCACCUACACAAAUGUUGCACUGCGGAGUACGGCAAUUUCACGCACCUGGAUUCUCAGAAGUCUUUCAGAGAAAAUACUGGAAAUCUCUGCAUUUAAGUAGAUUGUGGGGAAAGUGGCAAAUAGCAGUAAUUCAUAACAAGAGAUAUUCAGAAAAGCACUGAGCGUCAUCUGCGCCCCGAGGUGGAUGUCUACAAGUCUAAACACUGUCCAGCGGUGCGUUCUUACCUUAAGGUUACUCGAAGGUUGUUGCAGGAAAUGGGAUUUUCACCGCGGUUAGAUGCGAGGGGUCAGCUUCACAUCGUACACCGCUCACUCCGGCCGACCUCUCAUUUCACAGCCAAGCGCCUGUACAGAGGCAGCGCUCAUCCUCCACGUCCCUCCACAGCUGGCUGUGCAUUGAUUUUAUUCUUUUCCUCCAUAGUUUCUGCUUUAAAAUAAAAAAUAAAUAAAUAUAAACAAAGCAAAAAGAAUCAUGGUACCAAAUCUAAUGUGUGACCUCUUUCCUCAUCAUACAAGCAAGAAAAAAAAGGCAGUUAGAGUUUACUCAGAUCAUACACAUCUCCACCUGUUAUGUAUAUAAAAGGAUUUUUCUCUCUCGCCCCCGCCACCACCACCACCCCCCAGUGAAAAUGUUUGUUCUCCUUUUCAAUCAUGCCUCAGUGUACCAGAAUUAGUUUCCUGCUGCGUGAGUACUUUUCCUUUCCUCCUCCAUAUGCGUCUUCUUUUGCCGAUGAUGUAUUUAUUAGUACACAGCACAGCACUCUUCAGUGGAGGCUUUACCUUGGGAACAUGUUUUAUAUGCCAUAACAAGAUUUGUAAGAAAAAAACAAUAAUAAUUUAAAAAAAGAAAGAAAGAAAUAAGGACACUCGACGUUUGUAUUAUACAGAGGAGCUGCUGUGCCUGGAAAGUGGCACUUUGACGAGCAGAAGACGUAAAACACACACGUUCACGUUGCUGAAUAGUCCAUAGGCGCUGAUGUUGGUUAAAUCCCGUUUUGAGUUGGUUUUGUUCUGAUUUGUUGCAGUUUCAGAAAGCAUUUCCUGUCGGUAUUUUUUAAGUGCUUGAAAUUUAACGCCAUGUGAAUAUUUCUUUGUCGUUUUUCCCUUUUUCACAGUAAUUUACUACUGAAACCUUUGUUCACCAGAGACAUUAUUAAUGUUGUUGUUAUUUUUUAAAUUUUGAACACUGGAGUGUCACUGAGUUUUAAAAUUUAAAGCAAUGGUCAGUAAAUGGGUGCGCAGUUUCAAAAAAAUAAAACCUAUAUAUAUAUAUAUAUAUAAAAGAAUACAACUAUUAGGAAGCAAAACUUUUGAGAAAUAAACUUUUUUUUCUAACCAAAGUGUCCUGGAAGGAAGUCAUCAUGCUUUUGUAACUGAAUAAAGGAAUAAACUAUG